GUGAACAACAUUACCGAAUGUAUCUAUAGAAGAACUGCAUUAGACGAAUGCAAUUCCGUGUCAAUUGUCAAGAAAAGAUUAAAUCAAGUUGUUAACGUUUGAAUGUGUGGAUAUUUUCUAAUUUAAGUUUUAGCUGUUGAAUUAAAUGUUUUUUCGUUAUAUGUAUAUUUAGUUUUUGUUAAUAUAAAUCAACAAAAACGUUCAAGCUCUAUCUAUGAUAUAUUGAAUGUUUGGUGAAAAUAUAAACUUAACCUCUAAAAAUUGAUAAUUUCAAUUUUUUUAUUAUGGACAAGCAAACUUUAUUCAAUAUCCUACAUAAGGAGCUUCCAACUGAAAUUACAAAUUUACCUCCAAUUUGUAUUGAAGACUCUUCUGAUUUUAUCAAACGUUUCUUGGUGGAAAAUUUACCGAAAACAGAUAGUAAAAACGUAACUACCGAUUUAAAAUGGAAUUUUCUCUUGGAAAAACAUUCAUUUGAAAAGAAAAAGAAACAACUUAAAGGCAAGAAAAGUUUUCUUACGAGAAGACAGAGAAUUAAUUUAAAUUUGCAUAAACUACCAAAACAAGGUUGGAACUACGGAGAAUUAGACACGUUGAGACAAAUGUGGAAAUCAUACAUGAGAGAGAACAUCGAUAUGGUAGAAGUACCAAAUUAUUUGGAUCCAAAUUGGAAUGCUUUCAGUAUGGUUCUUGCAAAAUCUGAAUUAGUUGGAGCUGAACUAACUAUAAUCAAAUCGAGAGUUCCUAGUUUGAUAAGAAUGACAGGAACUGUUGUGUUGGAAACAAAAAUGACUUUCCAAAUUGUAACCCCAAAAUCUCAAUUGAAAGUUCUGCUUAAAGAUGGGUCUGUAUUUGAGUUUAGUUUGGAUGAUAUGAAGUUCACUGUAUAUGGAAAAUAUUUGAUUACAAAACCUAGUGAAAGGAGCGUUAAGAAAAUUAAAUCACAAAUGGUCCCCUAUAUUUGAUUAUUAUUAUUUGUAAAACGAAGUUUUUUGUUACAUUCAUAAUAAUAACAAUUUGAUUUCAUAAAAUAAUAAAA